AUGACGGGAAAGAAUGAAAAAGUUGAAGCUGAAUUAACAAUUGAUAAUAAUGAGGUAGUGAAAGCAGUGAACGAAAAACCGAAGGGUCGUCUCUUCAAUGCUGCUGAAAUGAAGAAUAUAGCUUUCUAUAUUGGUGGUAUAAUGUGUUUCAAAUUUGCCUACGAAACCUUGAGUAAUUCCAUCUCUCUUAUUGCUCAAGAACGUUUUCCAAAAGGUGCUCUCACUUUGGCUUCAACUUUAACCUCAACUUUCAAUGUUAUGCAAAUUCUUUUUUCUAUCGCCGGUGCUCAACUUUUGAUACAUUAUAACACAAAUAAAAUAUUAGCCUUCAGUAUGUUCUGUUUCGGUGCAUUAGCUCUUGUUCUCAUCAUUCUUGAAGCUGCCACCGGUGGUUAUAUAGGUGCCGCAGAUAAAUGGGUCCCUGGUACUUGGGCACCUGAAUUACUCUUUGCACUUUAUCUUCCCAUGGGUGGUUGUCUGGGUGUCGUGGAGCUUGUCCGUCGUGUCAUACCACGUGAUAUCGUAGGUGAAGAUCCUAUAAAAUUAAUGAAAAUGGAUGCUAGCGUUCAUAUCUUUUACGAAAUUGCUGGAACUGCUGGUGCUUUCUCUUCGACUGCUACGAUCAAAAAAUUGGGUCCCGUCUACGCUUUAUUCGUCAUUCCUGUCUUCUUCACUGCCGCUGGUAUUACUUGGUUAUUUAUUAAGAUUACAACUAAUUAUGAUAAAUUGAAAUUAGAAGAUAUCGAUGGUAUUAAAGUUUCCCGUACAGGAGGAAUAAGAAAAGUUUUCACCACUUAUUUCUAUUCCAUAAAACGCGGCUUUAUAAUCAUUACUUCUGAACGACGUUUUAUUUGGUUGAUACCCGGUUAUGUAUUACCACUUAUGUUUCAUAGAUAUAUUGAAGGUUACUUAUUUCCAACUUUUUCCAAACAAGUUCUUAAAGAGGGUCACCUUUCAGGUUUUCUUUUGGCAGCAUCUAACUUUGGUGAGCUCUGUGGUGCACUUUUAGUCUUGGUCAUAGGUUCAAGAAUUUAUAGUCCAUUACCUUGGGUUCGUCUUGAUUCUAUGACAUUAAUGGUACUUUGGGUGUUUCCUUAUUUAAGAGUUACGAGUUCACUUGGUUCAAUUAAAUGGGUAGGAGCGGUAUUUCCUUUAAUGAUGGUUCUAUCCGCAGGUUGGGCAGCCGGUGAUGUUUCUUUAGUAGCUUAUGUUCAAUCUAGAUUACAUUCUGUAAAUGCUGCAAAUGAAGAAGGUACUUCUCCGUUAGGAUGCGUUAUGGCAUUACUUUACUCUUCAUACGUUUUAGGAUAUCUGGCUUUAUCAAUUCCCAUGGGAAAACUUUUUGAUAAAUAUAAGGCCGAUGGCAAUAUUAUUAGAGCAUUUUUUUGGGGUUCGGGUAUACUGAUAGUUAUUGGAGCAGUUAUAAUUUUUUCAUCUACCUUUAUACCAAAAGGGGCAUUUGCUUUAAAUCCCAAAGUUGAUGGAGUAGCAGCAUUAAAAAUGGAUCAAAGAGCAAUCGCCGAUGAAGUAGAACAUCGGAACGGUCAAUCGAGCAUCAAUCGAGCAUCGAUCAAUGAGUAG